CUCCAGGAAAAGAGUUGUUUCAAAAUAUAAUCUGCUGUUGUGGUACAUACAUAAAAAAAAGCGACAUUAUGAAUCAAGAAUGUUUAAGAAGGCUGAAAGUUGCGACACGUGAAAAGAUUAAGAAGUUUGAGUUGCUGCGAGGUCGAGGUGUUGAGACGGGUCGGUUUUGGGAUGUGGUCGUUGUGAGUGCCAUGGAUGAGAGCCAGAGACAAGCUUAUGAGCUACAGAUUAGAGAGAAGGUGGAGAGAAAAGAGCUUCCCCUGGGGGUUGAUUAUAAAGUCUUCUCGGAUCCUCCUGGUUAUAAAAUUGGAAACGGAGGAUCGACUCUGUACGCGCUCCAGCACCUGACUGAGAUGUUCGGGGAGACUCUGGGCCAACUAAAGGUCAUUCUCAUCCAUGCAGGAGGGUGGAGCCAGCGUUUGCCUCAUGCCAGCAGUCUUGGGAAGAUCUUCACUGCCCUGCCUUUGGGUGAACCUCUCUACCAGAUGCUUGAACUUAAAUUGGCCAUGUACAUGGAAUUUCCAAGUCACAUGAAGCCUGGUAUUCUGGUGACAUGUGCAGAUGACAUAGAGGUGUACAGUGUUGCAGAGAAUGACAACAUCAGGUUUGACAAACCUGGCUUUACAGCUCUGGCCCACCCUUCAUCACUCUCUAUUGGAACAACUCAUGGUGUGUUUGUUUUGGAUUUAUGUGAGGAGUCUAAAUUCUCAGAUAUGGCAAAUGUUUCUUGCCUGCAGUUUUUGCACAAGCCCAGCAUUGCUCAGAUGCGAAAUAGUGGUGCAGUUUGUAACAGGGGGAGUAAUUGUUUGUCUGAUACUGAAUUUGUUUACACUGACAGCACCUAUUAUGUCGACUUUGAUACUGCAAGGUCUCUUCUUAAAUUUUUUAAAGAGGUGGGUACCCUUGAAUGUGAGGUAGAUGCUUAUGGGGACUUUCUUCAAGCUCUAGGUCCCAAAGCUAUGAUAGAGUACACCAGCAACACUGCUAAUGUACCCAAAGUGGAGGACAGUCUGGUGGAAAUCCGCAAGAAGAUCUUCACCGUUCUCACAGGAACGCCGCUGAAUGUCAUUGUACUCAACAACUCCAGGUUUUUUCACAUUGGAACCAUGUCUGAGUACCUCUUUCACCUCACUGAGGAUGAGGAGCUGAAGGCUAUGCUGGGUCUGUUGUCAGCAGCCUUCAGUAAACAUCUGGAUGAAAAUACAGUGGGUUCCAGCGCCUCUUGUGUUAUGUACAGUGUCCUCGGUCAUGGUUGUUCUGUGGGUCCUCAGUCUGUGGUGGAGUACUCACGGCUGGAAGCAGGAGUUAUUGUCGGGAGAGGCUGCAUCGUGAGCAGCUGCUGGGUCGGUCCUGGCCUCUCGGUGCCUGACGGAGUCGUCAUACAUUCAAUAUGCAUAAACCAAAAUGGUGAACUGAAGUUCGUGACCAUCAUCUUCGGAAUUAAUGACAACCUGAAACACACGGUGAAAUCUCAGGUCCAUCUAAAAGAUCUGAAACUUUUUGGGUUGAGCCUUGAAGAGUGUUUGUCUUGCUGGCAGCUGGAUACCCUGAGGUUCUCUGGAGAUGCAUCCAGCUGUAGUUUGUGGAAUGCGUGCCUCUUUCCUGUGUGCACUGACCUGCAAAGCGCAUUCUCAAAGUCUCUGGAGAUGCAGCAGGCUGUGUUGUGCGGCUCUUUGUUAACGCUGCCCAAAAACACAAAGCUGAUAUCGAUGCAUGAGGCUUUACAGUACAAGAACCUCGAUGAGAUGUUAAAGUUCCGGAAGGAACUACACAGUGACAUCACACAGAGAUGAUGUAGCACUUUAAUGUUCUCAGGCUGAACACUAACUAUAUAUUGCCAUUUUUGCUUACUGGCUGCAUCCAGUCAGACGUGACUGUCCAGCCAACCAAAGCUGGGAUUUUAUGGUUACUUUAACACAUUUUGAUUUGUUUGGUUCCCUAUUAGGGACUGAAAUGGUACUGUACAGUGUUGCACUUUUUCUUGGGUUUGGUUUGACAAUAUUUGUAAGUAUCAAAA